UGAUCAUAUCCAAAUCCUGUUGUACAUGAGUAGGCUCCGUAAGAUCUAGUAUAAUGAAUUUACCACUUCAAUACUUACUUAAAAUUGAAUAGUAUGGAAAUGCAUUCAUUUCCUUUGCAUUGAUAUGAUUGAUAAUACUAUCGGGGUGAAACAAGAGAUCUAAAGAAAAAUAAAAUUUAGGCUAGACUAAAUUAGUAACAAGUAAACCUUUUUUGUGUGUAUCUCCCACUAUUCUAUUUUGGAGAUAACAUAGUAAUCGUAAAGUCUGAGACGACCCAGAAAGCAAAAGUACUUGAUCAUAACCAACUUUGUAAGCCGACUUGGGUAUUGAGUAUUUACUUAGACUUAGAACCGAAUUCUUUGCAAUGGAUGGUUGUAAUUUCGGAAAAAGAGUCCAAUUUUUCUUACUCUUACAUUGAAUCAUUCAUAUAUGUGUAGAUAUAGCCAACACAUAGAACAUAGAUUUUUUAUAGAUUCAUUUGGUUCUUUUGAGUCUUGCUCGAGCCGGAUGAUAAAAAAUUAUCAUGUCCGGUUCCGCGGGGGGAUGGAUCUAUAAGAAUUCACCUAUCCCAAUAACAAAAAAACCUGAUUUGAAUGAUCCUGUAUUAAGAGCUAAAUUGGCUAAAGGCAUGGGUCAUAAUUAUUACGGAGAACCCGCAUGGCCAAAUGAUCUUUUAUAUAUUUUUCCAGUAGUAAUUCUAGGGACUAUUGCAUGUAACGUAGGCUUAGCGGUUCUAGAACCAUCAAUGAUUGGUGAACCGGCAGAUCCGUUUGCAACCCCUUUGGAAAUAUUACCAGAAUGGUAUUUCUUUCCCGUAUUUCAAAUACUUCGUACAGUGCCCAAUAAAUUGUUGGGUGUUCUUUUAAUGGUUUCAGUACCUGCGGGAUUAUUAACAGUACCUUUUUUAGAGAAUGUUAAUAAAUUCCAAAAUCCAUUUCGCCGUCCAGUAGCGACAACCGUCUUUUUGAUUGGUACUGCAGUUGCCCUUUGGUUGGGUAUUGGUGCAACAUUACCUAUUGAUAAAUCCCUAACUUUAGGUCUCUUUUAAUUUGAUUCAAUUGUGAAAUAACACGACGUGUGUAUCU